ACGACCCUCAUCACGAGCGCAAACCUCUUAGCAUUCAUGCAUACCUCAUCCACCAUCGCAUGUAGAACGACGAAGGCGAGAUCUGGAGAGAAGGGAUAGCGCAUCACCACUGGCGCAAUAUCAGACAUCGCCUAGCAACUCGUCGUGUGUCCGAUCAGCCAUCGCCCAUCAUGCCUGUGUGGCCCUUCGGUCGCAAGGCUCGACGGCGCGCAAACACCCUUUCCACAUCCAGCGAUCUCGUGAGCCACGGGACAAGCGACGCGGACAAAACAGCACCGUCAUCACGACCGCGAACGCCUCGAAAUCGGGCGGUUGGCGAAAGCGAGGUGCUGCAACACCAUGACACACCGCCGAAAGGCACUGCACAACGGAAGCUGAACAAACGACGAAGUCAGCAGCGGAAAAGGGCGUCUGAAAGAAAUUCGGGAGGGUCAGGAGGGGGAGUCACGACACAUUUUAUAAGCAGGGUGGAAAAUGACAUCGACAAGGCUGAUCCUGGGCCGGAGAUGUCAAGGAGCUACGUUUCAAGUCCAGGGGCGGCGAGUCCGGUUAAAAGUCUAACAAAUCUGGACCCGUCUGACCCCGAGGCCCAUCCGUCACACUAUCUUCGAGAUGAACAUCCAACUACAUCAGCUUCUCUUACAACGGCUUCUCCUACAAACGUUACCGCCGCUCGGACAGGAAGGGCCAACACCCCGAGUCCACCUCUAAAUCCGAUUCACAAGACGAGUCAGAUGCCGCGAGGCACCCAUAACGCUGCUCAUCGCCGUUCCUCAUCCUCCGAAUCCAUCACGGCCCUUCCUGCAUCGGUCCCGCUCCGUACCUCGCCUCAUCUCCGUCCCGCGACUCACUCAUCCACCGCAUCCAGCAUCAUCCCGUACAACUUCCACCUCUCCCGAUCUCACACCAACCCUCAUCGUUCGCGCUCCGGCACUGCCAACGCAGACACCUCGGCCGACGAGUAUGUCCUCCCCGAUCGCUCCGAGUCCCAACCUCAUCUCUCCCGAAGCAACUCCCGUCGCGACGACGCCCGCUCAUCUAGCCUCCUCCCUCGACGACGGUCCACAAAGCCCAAGCAAAAGAAACCUCGCACCUCCAUCCGCGAGGAGGAGUUCCGCGCCAUGGCCGCGCCCUUGCCGAUUCCCCAGCCCCAUGCGACGUACUCGACCGCCGGCGAACUCCUCCGACGUGAGUCUACCAAGCGACCCGGCUCGCGAAAGGGGAAGAAAAUAUGGCGUGGUUUGAAAUCCACGAAACAAGCCGGAAGCGACGUUAGCCUGCCGUUUCAAGAGAGCAUCGCCAGCGAUAUGAGUGGGAGUGACGGGCGGGAGUACAGUGUCGGUGGGUUGUCGGUGUGGACGCCGCGGCCGAAACUUCGGUUGGCAGCGCAGGAGGAGGAUGUGCGAGGAACCACGCUGGUGGCGUAUUCUUUCGGGGCACCGGGCCGACGGCAGACGGAUCAGGGAAUCUUUGGGGCCGGGACGGAGGGGCGGAAGCGGAGAAACCCGCCGAUACAGGAGGAGGAUGAGAUCAAGAUGGAGCAGUUUGGAGAAAGUAUCGCGCGGGCGCAAUCGAAGAGACGGCGAGAGCAGACGGAAGAGAUUGGGAAGUUGCCGAAGCGGAUUGAUGCGUUGGCGGACGACCUGGACGCAGCGGGGUUGAGGGAAAUAAUGGAGCGGGAACACAGGAGGAAAGAUAAGAAGAGGAAGGCGGAUGAGGAGCGGGUGCGCCGACGGCUGGAGAAACGGGCGGCGAAGCAAAGAGCGAAGAGUGAAGAAGCGACAGAAGCUGGAGCUGAGGAUAACGGGGUCGGUCUGGGCAUCGAAGGGUCAUCGGCAAGGCCGGCAGGUGGGAGAGGAAAGAGUCGAGCGGAACGGGAGGUGGACGUGAGGGAUAGUCGGGAUCAGGAGAGGGUGGAUACGGCGAUCAGCGGUCAGAACCGGCGGGAUAUCGAACUCGAGAAGACCGAAGCCGCUCUGACGGGUGGGCCUGUUCAACCCAUUCGGACACCCCACGACGGUCAAUCGAAGCCAGGCGGCAAGCAAUCGAGACCAGAGCCCGCAUCUCCUGUGCCUGUGGGCGUUGCAACGCCGGAGUCUCCGUUCACAGAAGAGCCGGUGAUUGAGACGGCGAAAGAAGUGCGCUACUCGCAUGCAAGUCUGAGUGCUCAGGCCGGAAGUUCACUACCCCCGUCGCCCCAACACGGAACGUUUCCACGGUCACCCUCGAAGGCGAAGAAGGAUGGAGAUAGGUCUGAGACCGUUCGCCAACCUGCACCGUCAAUACCGCCCGCUCUUGAUCCCGAUAUGUCCAAGGGCGUAUCAAACACCGGUUCUCCUCGUUCGAAAUCUCCACCCGUCGAUUCCGACGCCGCGAUCGUCGCCGCCAACACCAUUACUCCUCCCCGAAACAGCCGCCGUUCCCUAACCAAAUCCCAAUCCCGCACUCCUUCUCCACCUCACCAGCGCAAGAAGCUUCAGAAACGCAUGUCGCCUACCCCAUCCACGCGCUCCCAGAUCCCCGACGAACCCCCCCAAAUCCCCCAGCUCUCCCUCUACCACGAAGACGAGCCCGUCACCGCACUACCCCAACCAACCGACCGCCUGACCGCGCUCCCCGCCCCCUUAGUGCCCACCGCAUCUGACGACGAGCAAGCCAAACGCGGCAAAAAACGUCGUGGCAGCGCUGCCGGCGCUUUUUUGGCUGGUGUCGCCGUCAUGCUCUUCAAACGCGGCCGCCGCAGCAAGAGCUCGCGGAACUUGAAAGAAGCCACCGCCGAGCGCGGCUUCAUGAACGAAUCCCGCGACCGCAUCGAGCGACACCGUGCGGAAUGGGGGCUAAAAGGCCACGGACCACCUGAAGCAGCUGUGCCAAGCGCACACCACAUGCGGUCCAAAUCCGAAACCGUACCUCCGAACCUCAGUGUCAUCGGUAUGCUCCCUAGCCCGCCCGCGUCACCCGUGAAAGGCCAGGCGUCCUCACCGACGUCCACGCCACUCCCAAUCCCGAUGGCUCCCCUCGUGACCACCUUCGGCAACCCGCGCGACGACCUGCGCGCGAUGUCCCCCAUCAGCGGCCGCUCCGGCGCGCCCGUGCGCACCAUGUCGAAGUUCCGCGAAGAUCUGCCAGAGAGUCGCGGUGCGUCGCGCGUGCAGAGUCCGGUGCCGGCGAAUGGCAGUAGCGUGAGCGUCGGCACCGGCGGGCGUGAUGGGAGAGGUAUGCCGGGUGGAUCGUUGGAGGCGCUAGUGCGGACGGGUAGCAAGCGUGCGUGGGGCGCGAGUGGUACUCCCACCGAUAAUCCCGAGAGUCCCACGAAAAAGCUCGCGACCACGGCGCCGGACGCCAUCGGAAACAUGGCGAUCAAGGAGAAGCAUGAAUCGGGAAUUAGCAGCGUCGGGGCAAAGAGCAGCAGUGUGGACGCGGACGAGGAAGACGGCGCAUCGGGGAGCGUGGGGCACAGCCGGGCCAGCAACCCCAUGAGUCGCAGCCUCGCAAGCAUCGAUAGCGAGGGCAGCUGGCUAAGUGGGAAGCUAGGCGGGCGCGCGAAGCAAAGUCUGAGCGGCACGGCGCGGAGCUCGGGCGUCAGCGGCAUCAGCGGGAAGGCUUCGACGCAUGACGCACAUGAUGGCGGGACGGACGAUGACGUCGACCCGAAUCAGACACCGAAGACGUUGCAGCCCCCGUUCGUCGAGUACUCCCCUGGCGACGCCCCCGUCGCCGAUCCGCCCGCACACGACGACGCGGGCGGCGAGGUGAUGAAGUCGGGGCUGGGGCGGCAGCCGACGCUAGUCCAUCGUGCACCGCACAUGAAGAGCCGAGAGGGGUUGCUGAAUGAGUUCCGACGCGGCAAGAUGGAAGGGGAGGUCGCCGAGGUGGAGGAAAUGCAGCUGGCGACGCCGGAGGCGACACCUCAGCCUGAGACAAGAGAUCUGCAGACGACCGCGGGCGCGCAUGAGGCGGUGACGGACGAUCCGCUGAGCAUCCCCACCGACCGCCCCUCGCGAUCCUCGUCCCCCGAGCAAGGCUCGCCGACGUCCGACACCGGGCACCCUGAGGAGCCGUUCGUGGUGCAGCGGGCGCGAUCGGUGGAUCUGGGGAAGCAGGGGUUACACGUGCGACAUCUGUCAGCAGGAAGCGCGAAGUUGUUGGAGAUCCGGCGGGCGGAGAGUCGGCGGGCGAGUGGGGCGAGUGGGGCGAGUGGGGUGGUAGAAGGGGAGCCGGGUGUGGAGGAGGGGAGAUGAGUGGGGAUGAGGUGAGGUGCUGAUUUGAUUUACUGACUCUGCUACCUGUUUCGAGGUGCUAUGCUGCUGCGAUGCUGGGAUGGAGCGUGCUGUC